UCCACCAGGCUUGGCUUUCUUCGGAGCUACCGGUGCUCUGAUAUUUCCCUCAAUUAACACCGUUUCUAGGACGAAUUUUCCCGUCGGAGUUCGUGUACUAAUGGAAAACGGCUCGUCUUAUAAGGGGCGAGGAGGAGGAGGAGGUGGAGGUGGUGGAUCGGCGCCAUCAGGUGGAGGAGGAGGAGCAACAAUAGAUGACAGAAGAAAUCCUCAGCGUUAUGGAACUCGACCUCAAUACGGUUAUUCACCACAGCGAUCCACGGCAGGAGGAGACCACAGAAGUGCCGGCAUGAAGGACAAGAUCAAGGAACGAGUAAACACUGAGCUGAGCGGGCCUCAGUUCGACCUGCCACCCCUGGACACUGCAGAGAAGAAGUUCAAUGCCAGCAGUCGUCUCUUUGUGGGAAACCUGCCUCGUGACAUUCCCUAUGAGGAACUCAAGGCUAUCUUUGCCAAGUAUGGAGAGUUGGGGCAGGUUUACUUCAACAAGGAGGGAGCCUAUGCCUUCAUUAACUUUGACUUCCGUGCCAAUGCUGAGAAGGCCAAGCGUGAGUUGCAGGGGACAGAGGUGCGCAACCGUCCCCUCAAGAUCCGCUUUGCCUCCAUAACCACUGGCGUGAGGGUCAAGAACCUCACUGGUUGCGUGUCCAAUGAACUCCUGGAGAAGGCGUUCAAUGUGUUUGGUCAGAUCGAGGCGUGCCGUGUGAUUGUUGACGACCGGGGAAAACCCACGGGGGAAGGCAUCGUGAUAUUUGCCGACAAGAAAGGUGCCACACUGGCUGUCAAGAAGUGUCACGAGGAGUGCUAUUUCCUCACCAGUGCCCUGCGGCCUGUCAUCGUGGAACCUCUCGAGGCUAGGGAUGAGGAAGAAGGCAAUCCGGAGAGCUCCAUGCACAAGAAUGACCAGUACAAGCAGGAACGGAAGGAGGGCCCAAGGUUUGCUGACAGGGACAGCUUUGAGUAUGAGUAUGGUGUUCGUUGGAAGCGGCUCUAUGAAAUGUACAAGGAAAAGAAGAUGCUGCUUGAGUCUGACCUCCAGGCUGAGGUGGAGCAGCUGGAGAGACGACUUGCCAUUGUGAAGCACGAGCAUGAGACAGAGAAGCUGCGUCAGGAACUGAUAGCCCGAGAGCAGGAGGCUGUACAGAUGGGUCGCACCAUGUACAUGCGAGGAAGCAGCAGCUACAGCAGUGGCUACAGUAGUUUGGGUGGAUACAGUAGUGGACUUAGCAGUAGCUAUAGCAGCCAAGGCAGUGGAUAUGGGAGCGGAGGCGGAUAUGGGGGUCAGGGAGGUGGAUAUUCAAGCCAAGGAGGCUAUGGGGGAUCUGACCGUUAUCAGGGACUGAGAGACGAACGCUAUGGUGACUACGACGGGAGGCGUGGAGAUGACAGGUAUGGCGACGAUCGUUACCAGAGGAUGCAGGAUGACCGCUACAUGCACUCCCUUCAAGAUGAGCGAUACAAAGCUGCCAUGCACAUGGCCAGUGGUAGGGGUGCCUCUCCUGCCACUGGUGGUGGUGGAGGUGGUGGUGGUGGUAGUGGUGCUGCCUCUUCAGGGACUGGUGCAAGUGGUGGCCCCGGCCCUGGUGGUAUUGGAAGCCAUAAUGAUCAGCCUUUCCAGCAGGGAGGUGGAAAGAGGGACUCUGGAGCCCCAGGAGGUGGUGGACAGUUCCAGCAGCAAUCUGAUCAAGCAGGGGGUGGCAAGAGGGACAUGCCAGGGGGAGGUGGACAGUUCCAACAGGGAGGCAUGAAGAGGGACAACAUGCCAGGAGGAGGACAAGGGUUCCAGCAAGGUGGCAUGAAGAGGGAUGAUGGACCAGGGGGAGGUGGACAGUUCCAGCAGGGAGGCAUAAAGAGGGAUGACAUGCCAGGAGGAGGUGGACAGUUCCAGCAGGGAGGUAUGAAGAGAGACAACUUGCCUGGUGGAGGACAGGGAUUCCAGCAAGGGGGCAUGAAGAGGGAUGAUGGACCAAGCGGAGGAGGAGGAGGAGCAGGAGGGCAACAGUUCCAGCCGGGAGGCAUGAAGAGGGACAACAUGCCUGGUGGGGGACAACAGUUCCCACAAGGAGGCAUGAAGAGAGAUAACCUGCCAGUAGGAGGGGGACCAUUUCCACAAGGUCCCAAAAAUUUAGGGCCAGGCUUGAUGGGUCCAGGAGGUGUACAGUUUCCACAGGGAGGCAUGAAGAGAGAGGUGUCAUUGACGGGGCAGCAGUUUCCACCAGGCAUGAACAGGAGCAUGGGCUUGGCAGGACAGUUUCCACCAGGCAUGAAGAGGGACAAUUUGCCAGUAGGUGGUGGACAGUUCCAGCAGGGGGGCAUGAAGAGGGAUGCCAUGGCAGCAGGUGGCAGCCAGCCAGCCGGUGGGCAGGGUUCUGCUGAUGUAAAGCGACCUCGUUAUUAGACUUGGCAACAUAGAUGAGGUGACUCUGCUGUAGGUUACGUCUUAUUCCAUGGAGCUUUUGAGGAAGGCCUUUGUAGGUUCUCUGUACAAUGUCUGGAGAGGUGUGUGGCCUCAGUAGACAGGGUGACUGAUCGAGGUCAUUAGACGUGAAUAGGGUUAUUUAUGAAUAAGGUAACAAUGUUACAAAAUAAUUUUUCUACUAUUGACUGCCUGUCACUGCAACAUGAAGAAAUUGGUAUUACUGGUGUGGGGAGAUCCUGUCAUGUUGCUGCUUCCAUUAAAAUGGUAGAUAGCAGAGGAGAGGUAGCACUUUUCAUUAUGAGGAGCAUUUUAAUUUAUACAACUAGUGCAUAGAAAGAAAUGAAAUGUGUAGUCACAUUGACAUGUAAUUGAGGUAUAAUGACGGUUUUAAGUGAAUUUUUUAAAUGAAUUGUGCCGAAGGUAUUGGUGUAACUGUUUUAGUUGCAAUGAUUUGUAUAAGUCAAUGAAACUUUAAUUUAUAUUUACUCUUGUUCUUGGCUGAGCAUGACUCAUAUUUUAUGGUAGAGUUAAGAACAAGGUGGAAGUGAUGGUGUCAUUGUAGAUCUUGUAGGUUACUUGGCAAGGCGGCUCUGGCUCUAGGUGGAGCAAAUACUGGGGACAAUUUUCUUUUUCAUUAUUAUUAUUAUAAUUUUUAUUUUUUUCUAAUCUAAUAGAUGGUUCUUGGACUUCUGGAGGUUCAAUAUAUUUUGUACUUGGCAGUUGACAGGGCAUUGGCGCAUUGACCUUGCUGGUGUGGGUGACUCCGCUCCCCACGAUGUCCAGUACAAACAGUUUUGUACACUAACAUUUUUUAGUACCAACUUGCCGGCCAUCAGCCCACCACAGACUGUCUUCAUACUUUAGGAAAUAAAUGUUUUAUUUAAA